UUGACAUAUCUUUUUCUCACGAAGUAACCGUGGUAGAAGUGAUACUACGGGCGCGUGGCUUCGACAUCGAAUAUGGCGUUCAAUGGUAAUCCGAUGCUGCCUGCUAAUCACAAUUGCUACAAUCGUGGUCAACCGGGUCAUAUAUCUCGUUUUUGUCCGCUUUCGGAUCGAAGGCUGAAUGGAGCUCAGACUUCCACGACAAUCGUACCUGCUCAACCGCUGCUGACUGUGCCACCUGCGUCGAACGUGGGAACUGCCGUACCUUAUUACUCUGGUUACAAUGAAGGGGCGGGUGGCAGUGGGUUGGGACGGAGAGUUAGUUCACUAGAGGAGAUAGUAGGAAGGAUUAAUAGUAAGCACGAGGCUGAUGAGGCCAAAGUUAAGAAAGAACGUGAAGAUGAGGAUCGGAAGGCGCGUGAAAAAGAAGAUGAGGAGAGAAGAAUGAAGGAAAAGAAGGAACAUGAAGAUCUCCAGAGGAUGAUGCACAAAGAGAUGGCAUCCAAACUCGAUAAAGUAUGCGAAGCGGUCAAUGCCAAGAAGGUCGGUGGUGACGAUGAGGUGGGGAAGCUCCGUGCGCAAGUUGAAGUACUCACACGACGUUGCUAUAACUUGGGAGGUGUUGAGGAGUCCAAGGAGGUGGAUAGUGAUGAGGUUACUAAAUUACGAGCUGAAGUCGAGAAACUGAAACGUGGAAAGGACGUUGCUAGUACUUCUGCCGCUGUUUUCCAGACCACCUGCGAAGCCGAGGAGGCUGCACGUCUUAGGAAGGAACAUGCUGAUGUGAAGGCUGCUACGGACAAGCGUCUGGCUACCUUGGAGGAAGUCAUCUUUGCUCUUCAAAAACAAUGCGAAGCGGCCGAGGCGAAUGCUGACGUAUGGAGGAAUGAAGCUCUUCGCCCCAGCAACAAACGUGCCAGCGUGGCUAUCGGUCACACUCCUGUCAGUGAUGCUCAGGUUCAGGCAAGGAUUACCCCUAUGGUUCCACCGUGCUCUGGUGGAAGGGUCAAUAUCCAGCCGAAGGACAUCGUAGAAAGGCACCAACGUGAGGUGGAACUCCUUAAGGAGAUGCGCGCCCGAGAGGUCAAGGCCAGGAAGGAGUCGGAGGACGAGGUUGAUAGACUGAAGAAUGAGAUGGCAAGACUCAACACCGGCAGGCAUUCGAAGGGUACGGAUCUUAGGAGGAAGAUGGAUGAAGCUGUCGUACCUACUACGAAGGGAAAAACUGCUGUUGACUUGGUUGACCAUGCCAUGCAGAGGGAUGUUUUCUUACGAGCUGCUCGAAAGGAGUUACGUGGAAAACGUAAGCCUAGGAGGAGGUUAUUGAUAUUUGCGACAAAGAGGGUGUGGAAUACACCACGCUUGAUCCCACCAAGGAAGCGAUCGCCCAAGGGCGUGCCAACAGGGCAGUUGGAGUCGAUCUUGACGAUAGUAAAGGGAAAGGUAAGGAAGACACUGUGGUUGAGGUGACGGAUGACAGAGGGGAGAACUCUAAAUCGAGCGACGGGCGUGAUUCCGCUACUUCUUAGGAUCACGCCCGGACGCGACAUUUUUGUGCCUUGUAGUCCGUUUUUGUUGUUGACUUCGUGCUGUCUCGAUUGAUUGGCUGCGUAACAAGGAUGUUAAUCUAUUGUUUAGUACUACUAUUUGUAGUUUGAUCCUGUUGAAUGCGAUUCCGUGGGUCGAUAAGUUGUUAGGGUUCUUCCCGUUGGUCCGGGGUUCUGAUACGGUUGAUGAGUGGGAUGGUCCUCUGGUGUAUGCCCUUGUGUCUCCAUGGUCGUGUCAUUUCUAUAUAGGUAGUACUGCCCGUGAUCUCCAUACACGGUGGAGAGAGCACGUCUAUAGAGCAUGCCAAUCGAAAGUGAUAGACGGUGGUAAACGUAAUGAAAAGCUUUAUCGGUG